UGUCUUUUGGAGUUUUAGGCGGGCCAAGUGAGUAGCCGCGCUCGUAAGGCAAAUCGAUCUGUUAGAAAGUAUAAGAAGAGGGUCGACCUCGUAGUAGACGUGAAGGGAAAUGGCAGUGGAUUCAAAUUUCGCGUCGUUGUUUGAGAAGCUUAAAGUUGAAGAUCCAUGGCUUCCUCCGAAGACUUGGGAAUCGAUCCCGUCCGAAAGCGGAGACGGAGGACCACGUUCUCUUUCCCAUUUAUCAUCUCCCUCUCAAUCUCAGCCCCUCUACGACGCAUCGACUCUCUCCGAGGAAAGUAUGGUGAGGUUGGCCAUGUAUGCACUGCAAGGCGUAAAAUCUGCACUGAUCAGCAUUGAAAAGCUUUCUGCUGCCUUUUGUUCUGAUCCGACUGAUAGGACCUUCCAUCAAAUUCCAAGUUUGUGGAACCGGUCUUCAAGCACUCAUGCUUUGGGAAAGAUCAUGAGCUCCAUUGGCUGCUCGGGUUCUCUAGUUUUUCUUCUCCAUCAAUUUGUAGACUACUUUACAAAUUUGAAUUCAGAUGAAAGUUUGAUGGGAAAGAGAGAGAUAUCUGAACCUGCAGAAAAUCAAAUUUAUGGUGACAGUGAAGUGCAUGACAAAAAGUGCCGUCCAUACAGUCUUGUCAAUCAGGCAUUUGCUGCUGCAGUUGGAAAGGUUUUAGAAGGGUACAUGUGUGCACUGGAUACCUUAUAUGCAUCAGUAGGUUUCAGACAUUCAUCAAGGAAGGUUGGUAUGCAUGCGUCGUAUAUGGUAGGAUGUUUUACCAGUGUUGUGCAUUCUGAAAUUACACUAUUGGAGUUGUACCUGCACACAAAGGAGUUGAGGACGUGGAUUGAAGCUCUGGGAAAUAUUUGUAACCUACAUAAUGUAGCUCUCUGCUUCUCGACAACUUCUUUCGAACACCUAAGUGCUAAAGCAACCUCUGCAUUUUGUAACUUCUACAAAGGAGGGGAUCUACUCACAUAUUUGUAUAAACUGCUACAGGUUGCUGAUCCUGCGCACCGUGCAGUACUCAAGUUUCUCUUUCAUAGGUCAUGUGAACCAUAUUGUGGUUUCAUCAGAUCAUGGAUAUUUAAAGCUGAGAUUAGUGAUCCUUAUGGGGAAUUUAUAGUAGAAUAUGCAAACAAUAUACCGCCUAAUCCACAUGGUAAAGCUGGCAUAUCUGUUGACUUCCCAUUGUCAAAUAUCAGGGAGCGAGAUGCAGUUGCUAUUCCUUGUUUUCUAAGGGACUUCUUAAUUCCGCUUGUCAGAGCUGGUCAGCAGGUUCAAGUGAUAAUGAAAUUGCUUGAAUUGUAUGUAUUUGUUUCCACUGGGGACCAUACUUAUGAGGAUUUUCUUCCGUGCUGGAGUGGUUUUUCAAGCAAUUAUCCGUCUUAUACAUCUCCUGUAACUUUCUGCAAAGCUAAUGUAGAAGCCAUGGUACUGGCAAGAGACAGUUACUACAAAAUGAUCCAGGAAAAGCUAGAGUAUCUUUUGGCAAAAUUAGAGUUUAGAUAUGAUCAGGUAGUUUCACAUUGCACUGAACCUUUAUCCUUUGAUACUGAUGGAAGGUGUUCACACAACCAAGUUUCAUUUUUGUUGGAUGAGAGUUUGAUUGCUCCGUCGGCAGCAUCUAGAAGAGGAUCAAAUGUCUAUGAUUACUCAAGUUCAAUGGAUGAGUUGUCAUUUGUAAUGGAUACAUCCGAGUCAUCUGAAUGCUUAUCCUCAAGUGGAUCUGAUGAACAAAUUGAGUCUGAAAUGCUGAUCGAGCCUCCUAAUCAUCUGGUUGGGCUUGAAACUAGGUAUUUAUCUGCUAUAAGCUUCUCUUCGAGUAUGUCCACGGAUAUUACUUUGCAAAAGCCUCAUCUGUUUAGAAGCUCAUCUGAUAAAGAAAAUGAUUCACAACGAAUUUGUGAAUUAAAAUAUGGCCUUGGUCAUGAUGCGCGUUGUCAUCAUAAGGGAGUGCUUUCAAGUCACAUAUUUGAUUCAGGGGAGUCACACAGGUCUAGUACAUCUGAUAUUGAGCAUACAUUUACUCUACCUGAUAAGGCUUACCCACAAGGAAGCCUUCCUAAACAGUCUUUUAGUGAAGGGUAUGGAGGUAAAUCUAGGUUUCAUCCUGCAGAUUCUGAGAAAAAGCUGAGGAAAAGAUAUGUAGGAGUCAUAAGGGAAGGUCCUUCAUAUUUUAGCGAAAUUCUUGCCAAUCUUGAUGCUUCAAUGGAGCAAGCUGAAAAUUCCACGAGUACUUCAUAUUCUUAUACCUUGCAAUGGCAGAAUCCUGCCUACCAUAGCAAUUUUCUCAGUAUGAACCCUAUGUUGACAAAUUAUGCUUUCCUUCACUUGAUGGGCAAGUCUGGAGAGAGAUGCAGCACAGCCUAUGGGCAAUCUUUGCCAUACUUUGACUUUAGUUCUGUUGAAAACCCUUGCAAGUUAUGCGUAGAACGGUCAGCAGCCAAUUCUGGGUGUGACUUUGGAUCUGAGCUUCGACUACCGCUAGACUUGCAUGCUUCUUCUACCAGUAGUAAGAAUGAUCAUUAUUGUAAUCAAGAGAAUGACCAUGGUUUGAUUGAUAAUAUGGAAGUGUGCAAUGUUUAUUCACCGUUGGAUUCAAAGGGCUGCAACCAAGAAAUUAUAGAAUCUGGUUGCAGUGAUUGGGAGGCUUUGUUUGGAAGCUCCAGUGACGCCUUUAAUUCUAGUGUUCAAUGUCACAGACAGAAUUUGUCGUUCACGUUUGAGAUACCUCUCGAUUUCAUCAUUGAAAAAUGCAUACAGCAGGAAAUCAUGCUUCAAUAUAAGUACAUCAGCAAGUUAACUAUCAAGUUGUUUGAAGAAGGAUUUAAUCUGCAAGAACAUUUUCUGGCACUGCGUCGGUAUCAUUUUAUGGAAAUAGCAGACUGGGCAGAUUUGUUUAUCAAGUCACUUUGGGAUCAUCCACAGAAGUGUGUCACCAAGGCAGAUCAAAGACUUUCAACCAUUCAAGCCUUCCUUGAGGCAUCGGUUCAGAGGUCUUCAUGUGAACAAGACCGCUACAAGGAUAGGUUAUUUGUGUACAUGAAAGGACAUGGAACAAUGCCUCUCUCUACACCUUCUAUUGGAGUGCGUUCCUUCAAGUUUUUAGGCUUGGGUUACCGAGUGGAUUGGCCAAUCAGCAUUGUUUUGACUCCUGGUGCGUUGGAAAUAUAUGCUGAGAUAUUCAGUUUUUUGAUACAAGUGAAGCUCGCCGUAUUUUCAUUGGCUAGUGUAUGGUGCUCGUUGAAGGAUUUGGUGCACUUGAUUAAUCGGAAACCUACUUCUGAGCGUCAUGAAAAUGAAGUAAGCCAUCUCCAUAAAUUGAUGAAGUUAAGGCAUCAGGUCAAUCAUUUUAUUUCGACAUUACAGCAAUACGUGGAGGCUCAAUUAUCUCAUGUAUCAUGGUGCAGGUUUCUUGACUCCCUUCAUAAUAAGGUCAAAGAUAUGUUGGAUCUUGAGUCCUUGCAUAUGGCUUAUCUAAUGGAUUGUUUACACAUAUGUUUCCUCUCUGAUGAAACACGGCAUGUAGCCAGCAUAAUUGAAAACAUUUUGCAGUGUGCACUGGAUUUCCGGUCUUGUCUUACAGGAGGCAUAUGUGGUGUUGGGAUGGAUCAAGAAGAUUUGUUGGGUACAUUUUCUAGAAUCAAUAUAUCCCAGGUGCUUGCCAUAAAGCAAACAUUCAACAAAAAUCUCAAUGAGUUGCAUCUUUGUUAUCUGAAGUCACCUAAACAUGGGGAGUUUGGGCUCUCCUGUUUUUGGGCAUAUCUUAAUUAUAACGAGUAUUACUCGGAUGAUUGCAAUCACAUGCCAGUUGUGAUGAGCAGUAGAUAGGGGAUCUAUAUGUGCAAAGUGCUGGUCCUUUUGUGUUCGUUAUUAUCAGAGGGUGUGCAUUCUUGAAGGAGUAAUCUCUAGACAGAUUAGGGUAGAUGCGUCCAACUGGUGUGGGGGAACUGUUGUAGCAAUCCUUCAAGCCUCCGUAAUGCCAUUCAACAUCUACCGUAUUUGUGAUAUUAUGUUGGUCCUGGUCUAAAUGAGCGCAGAGAUUCUUACUUGUUCUAGUGAUUAUGCUAAAGAUUUCACUGAUUUUUUGGUGAGGGAGAGCCACUCGCUAGACUUCCAAACCACCAUUGUAUGUAAACGUACUACACUACCUAAAUUACGUUGGAAAUUGUAUCAUGAUUUGGGUUUUAUAAGUU